AUUUAGCUGCAAAUUACAUUCAUAUAAAUUUCUUUGCUUUACUCAUCAUGGUUCUAGUUAGUAGCUUCACGCCAAAGACGACCAUGGUCCAGAUGUUUCCCACUAAUUCCAAGCCUUGCAUCCUGCAGAAUAAGAACGUUGCAAUUAUAAGAUGUGCUGUCAAAAGGCCAGGAAUUAAUACAGGGAGCCCUCCUCAAAUCAACCAGGUACUUAGAGUCGCUGACCGGAGUUUGAGAACAGAUCAGGUGGUUGGUCUCAGAAGAUUGAAUAAUGGAGAAGAUGGAAAAGCAAAUGCAGGAAAUACUGUUGUCGAUGAUGUUAGUAAUACAACCAAGACUGCUGAUGCUACGUCUACUACAAUAACAUGAUUUAAGGACACAGGAAAUGAGUCCUCUAUUACAUUUAAGGACACCCAAAAAAAUGUGUCCUCUAUCCGGGUGUCAUUAUAAGUCACAUACAAGGACACUG